AGGAGCCGCCGCCCGCUCGCAGCAUCCCCAGGGGAGGGCACCGGGCAGGCGGAGGGGACCCGCCCGGGCUCCCUGCGGAGCGGCAGAAGCAGAGCACCUGGGAGCAUGGCCCUGCGAGAGAGAGAAAUGGGCAGCAGUUCUAUCCAUGACAAGCAAGAACAGAACUGUAAUCGUGUUAUUACAACUGUCUUCCUGGCACUAUUCAUUGACUUGUUGGGAUUUGCUCUCAUCUUGCCACUGUUUCCUUCCAUCCUUGAUUAUUACAGCCAGACUGAGGAUGGAUUCUAUUUGUCAUUGCAACGUGGUGUGGACUGGUUUGCAGAGAUGGUUGGGAUGCCUCAAGAGAGGAAAUACAACAGUGUCUUGUUUGGAGGUUUGAUUGGCUCAAUCUUCUCCAUCCUACAGUUUUUCUCCUCUCCCCUCACUGGUGCUGUGUCAGACUGCUUGGGCAGAAGGCCUGUCAUCUUGAUGACAGUGAUGGGUUUGAUAACAUCAUAUGCACUAUGGGCUGCCUCCAGGACUUUUGGUGUUUUCCUUCUCUCCAGGAUCAUAGGUGGAAUAAGCAAAGGGAAUGUCAGCCUCUCCACAGCUAUAAUUGCUGACUUGCACUCUCCAAAAGCACGGAGCAAGGGCAUGGCAAUGAUUGGUGUUGCUUUCUCCCUUGGUUUCACACUGGGUCCCAUGAUUGGAGCUUACCUAUCCAUGGAGACAAAGAAAGGAGAAGUCUUCUACCUUCAUUCGGCGUUGUUGGCGCUCAUGUUUGCCGUGGCUGACCUUGUUUUCAUCUUCUUCCUGCUCCCAGAGACACUUCCCAAAGAAAAACGGGUCUCUUCUGUGACGUCUGGAUUUCAGGCAGCAGUUGACUUGCUCAGUCCUUUGGCUUUAUUUCAGUUCUCUGCAGUCACCCGAGGAAAAGAAUCCCCUUCAGAGGAGAAUCUCCAGAAUCUCAAAACCUUGGGCCUGGCUUAUUUCCUGUACCUCUUCCUGUUUUCCGGCUUGGAGUACACACUGAGUUUUCUCACUCACCAGAGAUUCCAGUUCAGCAGCAUGCAGCAGGGCAAGAUGUUUUUCUUUAUUGGAAUAACAAUGGCUGUGAUCCAGGGAGGCUAUGCUCGCCGAAUCAAGCCAGGAAAUGAAAUCAGAGCUGUAAAAAGGGCCAUUAUGUUGCUGAUUCCAGCUUUCCUGUUAAUUGGAUGGGCUGCAAAUGUGACCAUGCUGAGUGUUGGACUAUUGCUGUACUCUUUUGCUGCAGCCAUUGUUAUCCCGUGUUUGUCAGCAGUGGUGUCAGGUUAUGGCUCUGCCAGCCAGAAGGGACGAGUCAUGGGGAUCCUGAGGAGCCUGGGUGCCCUUGCCAGAGCCCUGGGACCAAUCCUGUCUGCUACAGUUUACUGGCUGGCAGGGGCAGAGGUUUGCUUCACCGUCUGUGGAGCUCUGUUCCUCGUCCCCUUUAUUUUACUUGGUGCUAUAAAACAGCAGUCGAAGGAGGAGUAGGAAGUAACCAGAGAGAGCCCGCCAGCUGCCGAGGACCUUGGCAUGACCUGACUCUUGGUACCUGAGCACUGAUCAAGUAGGAUGAGAAAGAUUUUGGUCUUCUGGAAGGGGCACAUGAGGACCACAUGCAACAGCAACAACAGCCUUCAGGCUUCCUAUGCCCCUCCACAAGCAGUUAUGUCUAAGAUGGUCUCCCUCCUGGCUUGGAUAGUUUUGGAAACAGAAACAAACCAACAAACCCUCCUCCAAAAAACCACUGAAUGAAGCCUCAGAGAAGCACCACAACCCCAUGCACUCCCCAUCCUGUCACUGCAGCCCAACAGGGGCUGGUGUGUCUGGUUUUGGCAGCAGGAACAACCCCACAUGGUGGCUCUAAGGAGAUGUUUCUAUAGAGUUGUCACAAGAUCUCCACAAAUACUCCAUGGACCUGGUAACAGCUGUUACCAACUGCCUUGGAACACAAGGAUCAAAACCAAAAGUGAGACACCUACUGCAGGUUUCCUGAGCCUGACUGGUACUUCAGCACAGGUGGACUGUUUUUAAUAUAUAAUUGACUUUUGGGAGAUGUUUUAUAUUUCUAAUACUAUGUGAUGUUUUUUGAUGACCAAGCACUGUUCUUACAUUACAAAUAAACGGUUACACUGUA